CAGUGCGCGUGCGCGGGCGUCUCGGGCUCUGGGGCCCUGCGGCCGCGGCUCUUUUGUUUCCCCGCCGGGGCCCCAGCCGGAGUCGGAACCCCUGUCCGAACCGGGUCGUCGCCCCAGUCGGAACCGUAUCGGAGACCGAGUCGGAACCGGGUCGGCUAGGAGUGGGACUCGAUCCGCGGCCGGGUUGGGAGCGGCCCUGGCCUGCCCGAUGGCGCGCGCCCCCCGCCCGCUGCCCCCGGCCCGCGCCGCCUGAGCCCGGCCCGCCCGGCCCGCCCGCCGCCCCGGCCCGCGCCAUGGAGCCCGGCCGCGGCGGCCUGGAGACCGUGGGCAAGUUCGAGUUCUCGCGCAAGGACCUGAUCGGGCACGGCGCCUUCGCGGUGGUCUUCAAGGGGCGCCACCGGGAGAAGCACGACCUGGAGGUCGCGGUCAAGUGCAUUAACAAGAAGAACCUGGCCAAGUCCCAGACGCUGCUGGGGAAGGAGAUCAAGAUCCUCAAGGAAUUGAAACAUGAAAACAUCGUGGCUUUGUACGACUUCCAGGAAAUGGCCAAUUCCGUCUACCUGGUCAUGGAGUACUGCAACGGCGGGGACCUGGCCGACUACCUGCACACCAUGCGGACCCUGAGCGAGGACACCAUCCGGCUCUUCCUGCAGCAGAUCGCGGGCGCCAUGCGGCUGCUGCACAGCAAGGGCAUCAUCCACCGCGACCUGAAGCCGCAGAACAUCCUGCUGUCCAACCCCGGCGGGCGCCGCGCCAACCCCAACAACAUCCGCGUCAAGAUCGCCGACUUCGGCUUCGCCCGGUACCUGCAGAGCAACAUGAUGGCGGCCACGCUCUGCGGCUCCCCCAUGUACAUGGCCCCCGAGGUCAUCAUGUCCCAGCACUACGAUGGGAAGGCGGACCUGUGGAGCAUCGGCACCAUCGUGUACCAGUGCCUGACGGGGAAGGCGCCCUUCCAGGCCAGCAGCCCCCAGGACCUCCGCCUCUUCUACGAGAAGAACAAGACCCUGGUGCCCAUCAUCCCCCGGGAGACCUCGGCCCCCCUGAGGCAGCUCCUGCUGGCCCUGCUGCAGCGCAACCACAAGGACCGCAUGGACUUCGAUGAGUUUUUCCGUCACCCUUUCCUUGACGCCAGCGCUUCAGUGAAGAAGUCCCCGCCCGUGCCUGUGCCCUCGUACCCGAGCUCCGGCUCCGGCAGCAGCUCCAGCAGCAGCUCGACCUCACAUCUGGCCUCCCCUCCGUCCCUGGGCGACAUGCAGCAGCUGCAGAAGACGCUGACCUCCCCCGCCGAGGCCGCCGGCUUCCUGCAGGGCUCCCGCGACUCGGGCGGCAGCAGCAAGGACUCGUCCUGUGACACCGAUGACUUCGUCAUGGUCCCGGCCCAGUUCCCAGGUGACCUGGUGGCCGAGGCAGCCGGUGGCAAGCCCCCCCCGGACAGCCUGAUGUGCAGCGGGAGCUCCCUGGUGGCCUCCGCUGGCCUGGAGAGCCACGGCCGGACCCCGUCUCCGUCCCCACCCUGCAGCGGCUCCCCCAGCCCCUCGGGCCGGCCCGGCCCCUUCUCCGGCAGCAGGUGCGGGGCGUCUGUCCCCAUCCCCGUGCCCACGCAGGUGCAGAACUACCAGCGCAUUGAGCAGAACCUGCAGUCCCCGACCCAGUUCCAGACCCCACGGUCCUCCGCUGUCCGCAGGUCGGGCAGCACCAGCGCCCUGGGCUUUGCUCGGGCCAGCCCGUCGCCCCCGUCCCACGCCGAGCACGGAGCCGCCCUGGCCAGGAAGCUGUCCCUGGGUGGAGGCCGGCCCUAUACCCCGUCUCCACAAGUCGGCACCAUCCCCGAGCGGCUGGGAUGGAGCGGGGUGCCCUCCCCACAGGGAGCCGAGAUGCGGGGCGGCAGGUCCCCUCGUCCAGGUUCCUCUGUGCCCGAGCACUCGCCACGCACCACGGGGCUGGGCGGCCGCCUGCACAGCGCCCCCAACCUGUCCGAUCUGCACCUCGUCCACUCCAAGCUGCCCAAGCCCCCCACCGACCCGCUGGGGGCUGUGUUCGGCCACCCGCAGGCCAGCCCCCCACAGCCAUCCCACGGGCUCCAGUCCUGCCGACCCCUGCGUGGCUCGCCAAAGCUGCCGGACUUCCUGCAGAGGAACCCCCUGCCCCCCAUCUUGGGCUCCCCCACCAAGGCCAUGCCCGCGUUCGACUUCCCCAAGACGCCCAGCUCCCAGAACCUGCUGGCCCUCCUGGCGCGGCAGGGCGUGGUCAUGGCGCCUCCGCGGAACCGCACGCUGCCCGACCUCUCGGAUGCCGGCCCCUUCCAGGGGCAGCCGCUGGGCCCGGGCCUGCGGCCGGCGGAGGACACCAAGGGCCCCUUUGGCAGGUCCCUCAGCACCGGCCGCCUCACCGACCUGCUCCUGAAGGCGGCGUUCGGGGCACAGGCCCCCGACUCGGGCAGCUCCGACAGCCUGCAGGAGAAGCCCAUGGAGAUCGCGCCCUCUGCUGGCUUCGGAGGGAACCUGCAGCCGGGCGCCCGUGCUGGGGGGGCCAGCAGCCCUUCCCCCGUGGUGUUCACGGUGGGCUCGCCCCCCAGUGGGGCCACCCCGCCCCAGGGCCUCCGCACCCGGAUGUUCUCAGUGGGCUCUUCCAGCUCCCUCAGCUCCGCCGGCUCCGCCUCCGCCCGCCACCUGGCACCCGGGGCCUGUAGCGAGGCCGCCCCGGAGGUCCUGGCCCCCGGCCACUGCUGCGGCUUCGCCGACCCUGUCGCUGCCAACCUGGAGGGGGCCGUGACCUUCGAGGCCCCUGACCUCCCCGAGGAGACGCUCAUGGAGCAAGAGCACACGGAGAUCCUGCACGGCCUGCGCUUCACACUCGUCUUCGUCCAGCACGUCCUGGAGAUCGCCGCGCUCAAGGGCAGCGCCAGCGAGGCGGCCGGGGGCCCCGAGUACCAGCUGCAGGAGAGCGUGGUGGCCGACCAGAUCAGCCUGCUGAGCCGCGAGUGGGGCUUCGCAGAGCAGCUGGUGCUGUACCUGAAGGUGGCCGAGCUGCUGUCCGCGGGCCUGCAGACCGCCAUUGACCAGAUCCGGGCGGGCAAGCUCUGCCUGUCGUCCACUGUGAAGCAGGCGGUGCGGAAGCUGAACGCGCUGUACAAGGACAGCGUGCUGUCCUGCCAAGGCCUGAGCCAGCGGCUGCAGCGCUUCUUCCUGGACAAGCAGCGGCUGCUGGACCGCAUCCAGAGCGUCUCCGCCGAGAAGCUCAUCUUCAGCCACGCGGUGCACACGGUGCAGUCGGCCGCCCUGGACGAGAUGUUCCACCGCCGGGAGGACUGCGUGCAGCGCUACCACAAGGCCCUGCUGCUCAUGGAGGGGCUGCGGCAGCUGCUGUCGGACCCGGCCGACGCGGAGAACAUCGCCAAGUGCAAGCUGUGCAUCGAGCGGAGACUCUCGGCCCUGCUGACCGGGCCCUGCUGACCGGGUGUGUGUGCCUGAUCUGGAGCCUGCCUGCUGGGCCCAGCGCUCGACCUUCUCCGCGGGUCCCUGGGUGGGCCGCAAGGACAAGCCCGAAGCCUGGGUCCUCCUCCCGGGAGCUGGGGAAGGACGGUCCCUGCCCCGUGUCCGGAGCUGGGUCUGCAGCCACAUCUGUUUCCCGGGCUCUGGCUGGCACUGGGUGUAGGGCACUCGGGGGCCGCACAGGCCUCAGCCCAGGCCCGUCCCCUGGCGGCCCCGGCGGCCCAGCAGCCCUGCCCAGGAGCAGCAGGGCCCACUAAGCCAAAGCCUCCCACCUGCCCGGCCCCCCCUCCCGGGACCCACCCAGCUUUGAGUCACGAGCACUUUAUGCAGGCCCGGCCCCAGGACCGCCGCCCAGGGUCGCCCUCGAGGCGUGUGUACAUACAUAUACAUACAUAUACAUACAUAUACAUAUAUACAUAGCCUGCUGUGCGGCCGCCCUCGGGGAGGCACAGCGUCUUAUUUAAAUGUUCUUUUAGGGACACACAGUAUGACGCACCGAGCUUUCUAAACCAGAGCAGACGUGGCAGUCUUUCACACUUUACUCAUCAAAUGUGUCUUAUUUUUCUGCAGCUCUUUUUUUGUUUAAAGAGGAAACUCAUAGGUGUUUAGACGUUUUGUUCUGGAAGGUGGGAGGGGCAUGGCAGCAAGUACGCUGCGUGGCUGGGUGUCCUGCUGUCCCACCAGUAGGGGAGUGGGGUUCCUGCCACAGAGAUGGGCAGGUGAGAGGGGAUGUUUUGUGCAAAAACCUCCCCAUCUGGCUUUCCCAGUCGGUUUUGAUGUCAAAUCCCUCCCUCCUUCCCCCCCACUCCCCAGGUCCCGGCUGCUAUCUGAGGGGUCAGGGAGGCCCACCUGGGCUGAGGGGGCUUCCCCAGGCUGCCCAGCUCUGCCUCGCCCCCUCGAGUGCACCCCCAGAGUUCGGGGGACGCCUGGGCGAGUCCCGGCACUCGGCCAGGGGUUUAAGGUCUGCAGCACAGACCCAGCAGGUCUAUGGGUGUUCCUCCCAAUACUACUUGAAAUUGCCCUGUUCUUGGACUUGGAAGAAGCCCUGUGACUCUGUUCUUUCCUUGCUGCACAGGACACGUUCCUAUUUAUUGCUUUAUGGUCGGCUGGACUCCAGGGCUGCCAGGAGGCGGGCGCUGCGGGAGGGGCCUCCUUCCUGCCCCUCACUUGUGGCACCAUGCGUGCCCGUGUGCCUCCUGGUCCGUGCCCGGCUGGCCCUGCUCUCCAGGAGACAGCGCUCGACUCAGUCUACUUCAGAAGGGAUCUGUGCGAUCCCUCCCCAGUUGUGUUUAAUUGUGUAAUAUCAGUUUAAGGAAAUAAACCUUUGGAAUUGUU